AUGAAUGACGAAGACUACAGCACCAUCUAUGACACGAUCCAAAAACAGAGCCUCUAUGAGGUUCCAGAGCCACCGGAAGAAAAGGAAGUCCCCCAUUAUGAUAAUGUCCAUGAAGACUUAAGGCCAGAAAACAAUUUAUUUGCCACUAGGCUGGAAAGCCAUGUGUAUGAUUCUGUGUCAGUCUAUGCCACUGGCGGGGAAGAGAACAGCAUGGCCUCUUCCAAACCAGAAGAAGGCUACUACCUGCCUAACGAGGUCUGCUCUUGGGCAGAGGAUGCCCAGCCAGGUAGGCCCCAGGAGGACAGGGCCGUCUCAAUGGAAGGACUGCAUUCGCCAACCCAGCACCAGGAGCUCUGCCCAGUGGAGCCCCAGGAGAGCAGAAACGUGAUGAGGGAAGACCUGCUUUCUCCUUCAAGAUUUACCAUCCAGCAUAGCAAGGAAUUCUUUGCCAGGGAGGAUUCCGUCCCCGGCUAUUCUGAUGCUGAUGGUUGGGGAGAAAAGGAAGCGGCUUCCAUGAAUCCCGAGAUCACCCUCUUUGUGAAGGCUGGAAUCGAUGGGGAAAGCAUUGGCAACUGUCCUUUCUCUCAGCGCCUCUUCAUGAUCCUUUGGCUGAAAGGAGUCGUGUUCAACGUCACCACUGUGGAUCUGAAAAGAAAGCCGGCCGACCUGCACAACCUGGCCCCUGGCACGCAUCCGCCCUUCCUGACCUUCAAUGGGGACGUGAAGACAGACGUCAAUAAGAUCGAGGAGUUCCUGGAGGAGACCUUGACCCCUGAAAAGUACCCCAAACUGGCUGCGAAACACCGCGAAUCCAACACAGCAGGCAUCGACAUCUUCUCCAAGUUCUCUGCCUACAUCAAAAACACCAAGCAGCAAAACAAUGCGGCCCUUGAGCGAGGCCUGACCAAGGCUCUGAAGAAGCUGGAUGACUACCUGAACACCCCUCUCCCAGAGGAGAUCGACGCCAACACUCGCGGGGAUGACGACAAGGCGUCCCGGAGAAUGUUCCUGGACGGGGACGAGCUCACCCUGGCCGACUGCAAUCUGCUGCCCAAGCUCCACGUGGUCAAGAUUGUGGCCAAGAAAUACCGCAACUACGACUUCCCGGCUGAGAUGACAGGCCUGUGGCGGUACCUCAAGAACGCCUACGCCCGGGACGAGUUCACCAACACCUGCGCCGCCGACCAAGAGAUCGAGCUGGCCUACGCGGAUGUCGCCAAGCGCCUCAGCCAGUCCUGAGCUCGGCCGCCGCCGCGCCCCGUCCCCGCCGCUGCAGAAGGACUCCACUGCCCCCACAGGACUCCGGCUCCACAGACUCCUCUUCCUCAUCGCCCCGCGAACACUCGUUCAAUCUGGCCUCACGGGGACGCCAGCGCGCCGCUGUCUGUCACAGAGGUCAGCCCCGCCUCCCCGGCGUCCUCGUGCAAGCGGAAAUGACAGGAACGCCCCUUCCGCCAACGUCAAAUACCUUCUCAGAUGCUUUAGGGACGUGCGACUGCCAGCUCCCCCUGCACCCUCCUCUUCCUCAGGAUCUGCAAGGUCAAGGACAAAUGCCACCUCCGUUCUUGUUCCAAGAGACCCGCCGCCCUGUGGGAGAGACAGAGAGCGUGAGUGCAGGAGGACCGAGCUGGACCUGGUGGACUCUCUGGGUAUCUGGCAAACACACCUUCGGUCACUCGCGCCUUCCAGCGUUUCUGUCAUUGGGCGCUGAAGGCCAGGUUGGAAGGUCACUUGGGACACCUCGGCCGUUUGCCGCGGUGACGGGAACGUCGCAGGGCUGUUGAGCACCUGGCCAACGCUGCACCUGGUUUUCACCCUGUCCGGGCCUUGCUGGGAAAGGCAAUGGGCGUGCAAUUCCAAACUGGGGUGACUGGGAAUGGGAGGGGAGGGGGGCAGUGCCGAUGCCAAAAGGCCCACGGGGGCGUCUACCUGCCAGGGGGUUGCUUGCUGAGGAGUGGCUGUUUCCGUGGAGUUUGCGUGCCUGGAUUUGACUGUGCUUACGGAUGAGAGGUUUUGCUCUGUGAGAAAGCAGAUGGGGGUGGGAGGAGGAGGGACGGGUGAAGGUAAAGGAGUGCUUUAUGAGGUCCCAUGUUCCCUGGUCCUCAGUCUUCUCUCAUGACCUAACUAAGUCUUGGACUGGUGAUGUCAUGUAACUACCCACCUUACAGUCAAAACCCAAGAAUUGGCCAAAAAUGUCUCCCCGUCUCUCCAGGUCGCUCCUAAAUGUGGGUCUGCCCGUUGGGUGCUCUCAAGUGGCGGCCCCUGGCUGAGUCAGCCGCAGCUCUGAUGGGCGAGAGAUUCACUCAGGAGGUGGCACGAUCAUGGGACACCUUAGGAAGAAAGUCCCCGGGCCUUUCUGACCAGGAAACCAUGUGUUGUGAAUGCAAAGAAAAAUAGGUACCCAUCUGGGUUAAUUCUCCUACCAUGAGACUCAACUGCCAGAUGAAAAAAAAAAAAAAAAAAAAGGAAAUUUAUUAUUUUUUUUUUUUAGCUAAUAUUUCACUCUUUAGUCAUCCUCCUUGAGUUUCACCUCCUUAGAAGUUUACCUGGCCGGAGCGCAGGGACCUGUGCAGAGGAAACUAAGAAAAAUGAACUAAUCAUCAACUCCAUUUCCCAGGGAACGCCCUGUGAGAAAAUGCACCCGCGACAGGCCCUCACCUUCAACAACCCUCCCUUCUGUGUCGCCUGGUGGUGGAAGGUGAGGCUCCCAAGUGCCGGAAGGGCCCCUGGACUUGGCUCAUUUCUCAGAGAGAGCAGGACAGCACGGGUCCUUUCCAUAGAAACAUCAACAAAUUCUAACCCAGGCACUCCCUGGUCCUACCGGCCUCCGGGGAUCGCUGAAGGAGAAGAGUGACCCAUUGAUCAAAACUGGGGAGAGGAAGCAGAAGGGCUCCUGUAGCCCAUGGAGGAAGAGGAAACCUCUCAGCGGGACAUUUUAUAAGCCAGAGAAAGCUUUGAAAAGGCAGAAUGAGUUGAUUCAUUUUCACCUCUGACGGAACCUUUUCAGGUCUCCCUGGAAACUCUGCCCCUGGAGAUGUUUAAAAAGGAGAACUGGUGAGGAAACAGGCCUCUUUUUUUUUUUUACUGUAGGGAAAAGCCCCAAACGGGCCUCUUGGGGGAUGAGGGCUCAAAUGAUCCCAAAGGCCUUUUAAUUAGUGUGAAAUCCUGUUGUACUCAGAAAUCCUUUUCCCCAGCUACAGCGCAGGCGGAUGACCUAAGAGGCAGUUUACUUUCCUGAGACGCACAGUCGGGCUGUUCUUGAAACACAUGUGUGAAGCAUCGCCAGCCGCGGCAGGGAAAACAGGCCGGGGCUCCAGGUGGAGCAGCUGCACCCCUGAGGAGUUGGCAGGAUGCUGGGGGCUCGGGUUUGAUAUCCAGCAUUCAGCAACCGGCGAGGGUUUAAAAGCAAACGGGCCAAACAAAAUCAAUAUUGUUGUUUCUAGAUGUUCCUCCUGUGGUUGAGCUGGUUUUACAUAAAUAACAAUAUUUGGGCACUGAGGGGGGUGUUGCAUGCUCCAUUAUAACCAUUUAAAAGAGGGGGAGGAGUUACAGAAGGGAGGCACUUCUGGGUACUUAAUUCAGAAAUAUCUUUAUAUCUCAGCAGUAGAUGAUCACAUAAUGCAAGGGACUGUUGACUAAGAGUUAUAUCUUAUGACCAGAUUUAUCAUACUAUAUUCAAAUAACAAUAAUAUUAAUAAUAUGACCGCCUAUUUUUUUUUCCAAAAGAGAUUUUUCUCCAGAUCGUUCAGUCUCUCUGAGCUUUGGUUAUUAAUCGUCACAUGCACAACACAGCGUCUCUCAGCAACAGUGCGGUGAGAUCCUUAAAUGUCCCAAGAACCAACUCAGGGAGCAUUGAAGGAUUUGUAGUGUGGACCCACACCUCAGAGUUUUAGGACAGGGGCUAUUGAUCCCUCAGAAAGCAUUUUUUGUGGCACAGAGAGGGGAUUUAUUCGUGUUGAGAUCCCAUUUAAUUUUGUAUUGAUUUCUCUCCUUUGACUUCCAAGUCACAUUUUUUGAGGGGUAGGUUAGUGGGCACCAGAUGCAGAAGCAAGAGUCAACUCAGAAUGACUGAGUUGAAUUUACCCAUCUAUUUACUUCUGCCUACCUCUUAGGUGGGUCCAGAGAGAAGGUGUUGAAUACGAUUUUAAUAACUAUAAGAGAUGAGCUGGAUACCUAAACUCUUGAUUGAUCCGGAACACAGUUUCUUCAUCUCCU